AUGGCGCUCCCGGACGCCAACAAGUGCGACUUUCACAAGAACCGCAAAAUGUGCGUCGUCGCGCACUGCAGCAACCAAGUGUACGCGCGCGGUCGCUGCGUCCGCCACGGCGGCAAGAAGAAGUGCCAAGUCCCGACCUGCGAGUCGUAUGCGCGCGGCGGUGACUUUUGCUCCGAGCACGGCGGCGCGUCGCCCAAGCGCUACUGCUCGGUCGCGGGCUGCCAAAAGCAAGCGCACGCCCGUAAAAAGUGCGUGCGCCACGGCGGCGGCCGCCUCUGCAAGCUGCCCGGCUGCCACCAGCACGCGCGCCUCGCGGGGUUCUGCCACCGCCACAACGAGUCCAUGAUGCCAUCGUCCUCCUCCUCCAACGAUGACGACGACCACGACGAGGUGCUCGAAGCGCCGCUCUCGGUGGCCGAGAUGGACGAAAUCCUCGCGUCCGACCCGACAAUGCUGUCGUUCUUGAACGAAUGGAUGGCCGGGUCGUCGAUCGAGCUCGCCCAUCGCAUCAAGAUGGAGAUCGAGCCGACGCAGAUCAAGCUCGAGCCCGAGGCACCCACGAGUCCGAUGGAGGUCGAAAUGUUCGACUGGCAGCUCGACGCCAACCUGUGGCGGGGUCUCGAGACCAUGUUUUCUUAA